UACAUACCCAACACCAUGGGCGGUCUAGAGCUAGAAGCCCCGCCCUCCGCCACCGCCACCGGCGCAGUCGCCCCGAACGAUGUGGACGACGCCGAGGACGACCUCUCGCCCAUCGAACAGGUCCGGCUCACCGUGACCAACACCGACGACCCGACCCUGCCCGUGUGGACCUUCCGGAUGUGGUUCCUCGGGGUGCUCUCGUGCGCCCUCCUCUCCUUCCUCAACCAGUUCUUCGCGUACCGGACCGAGCCCCUCGUCAUAAGCCAGAUCACCGUGCAGGUGGCGACCCUCCCCGUCGGGCGGUUCAUGGCGGCCGUGCUCCCCGAGGCCCGGUUCCGGGUCCCGGGGCUCGGCCCGAGGACGUACUCCCUCAACCCGGGGCCGUUCAACAUGAAGGAGCACGUGCUCAUCUCCAUCUUCGCCAAUGCCGGGAGCGCGUUCGGGUCGGGCUCGGCCUACGCCGUGAGCAUCGUCAACAUAAUCAAGGCCUUCUAUGUCCGGAGCAUCUCCUUCUUCGCCGGUUGGCUUCUCAUAAUCACGACCCAGGUGUUGGGGUACGGAUGGGCGGGGCUGCUGAGGAAGUACGUGGUGGAGCCUGCUCACAUGUGGUGGCCAAGUACUCUCGUUCAAGUCUCCCUCUUCCGGGCCUUGCAUGAGAAAGAUGAUCGACGCAUGUCACGGGGAAAAUUCUUUGUGAUAGCCUUGAUAUGCAGCUUCUCGUGGUACGUCGUCCCGGGCUACCUCUUCCCGACACUCACAAACAUAUCCUGGAUCUGCUGGGUCUUCUCCAAGUCAGUCACAGCUCAGCAGAUUGGGUCCGGGAUGCAAGGGCUCGGGCUCGGAGCACUGACCCUCGAUUGGACUGCGGUCUCAUCCUUCUUAUUCAGCCCUCUCAUAUGUCCGUUCUUCGCCAUAAUGAACGUCUUUGCAGGAUACGCAUUGGUGGUGUAUGUUGUCAUCCCGUUAGCGUAUUGGGGAUUCAAUUUGUACAGCGCAGAUAGAUUUCCCAUCUUCUCGUCGCACUUGUUCACGAACCAAGGCCAGACAUACAACAUCUCUGCCAUCGUGAACGAGAACUUCGAGCUGGACGUGGUCAAGUACGGGGAGCAAGGACGGAUUCAUCUGAGCAUGUUCUUCGCUCUCUCUUACGGGUUUGGUUUUGCCACGAUCGCGUCCACACUGACUCACGUGGGCUUCUUCUAUGGAAGAGAAAUUUAUGAGCGGUAUCGUGCCUCGUUCAAGGGGAAGGAAGACGUCCACACGAGAUUGAUGAGAAGAUACAAGGACAUACCUUCGUGGUGGUUUCAUUUGUUGCUCGUUCUGACUGUUGCGGUGUCUCUCGCACUCUGCAUAUUCUUGAACAAGGAGGUCCAAAUGCCGUGGUGGGGACUUCUCUUUGCCAGCGCCCUCGCUUUUAUCUUCACUCUUCCAAUCAGUAUCAUCACCGCCACGACAAAUCAGACGCCAGGAUUGAACAUUAUAACGGAAUAUAUCAUGGGGGUGAUAUAUCCAGGACGACCAAUAGCAAAUGUGUGCUUCAAGACCUAUGGCUACAUGAGCAUGGCCCAAGCUGUGUCCUUCCUCAAUGACUUCAAGCUUGGACAUUACAUGAAGAUCCCCCCAAGAUCCAUGUUCUUAGUUCAGUUCAUCGGCACGAUCAUCGCCGGAACCAUCAACAUGGCCGUGGCAUGGUGGCUACUCAACUCCAUCACCAACAUAUGCCAGGAUGAGCUCCUGCCGCCGGACAGCCCCUGGACGUGCCCAAGCGACAGGGUCUUCUUUGAUGCCUCCGUGAUAUGGGGCCUGGUGGGGCCCAAGCGCAUCUUCGGGGUCCAAGGGAACUACCAGUCCAUGAACUGGUUCUUCCUCGGCGGCGCAGUGGGCCCGUUCCUAGUCUGGUUGCUGCACAAGGCAUUCCCGGACAAGUCCUGGAUCCCACUGAUCAACCUUCCAGUGCUCCUUGGGGCAACGGGUUACAUGCCACCCGCCACACCGUUGAACUACAAUGCGUGGGUCCUCGUGGGGACAAUAUUCAAUUUCUUUGUCUUUCGUUACCGGAAGAAGUGGUGGCAGAGGUACAACUACGUCCUCUCUGCAGCAAUGGACGCGGGAGUGGCGUUCAUGGCAGUGCUUUUGUACUUUUGUCUAGGAAUGGAGAACAAAGGACUGAAUUGGUGGGGAACGGGCGGCGAGCACUGUGACUUGGCGAGUUGUCCGACCGCCAAAGGGAUAUCUGUGGAUGGAUGUCCGACAAAAUAAUCUAAAUUCACCAGAAAAAUGCACGAUGGAUACAAUCAGAAAAGUUCUAAGCUAAUGGAGUCUGAUUACAGGAAAUGUAGACGUUUGAUAUACUUCAUUUUUCUCACACGUCACCAAACUUGUGGAUUUAUUCGUUUGCAUUAGUCAUUGGAUAGAAGUAUGAUGAAUGGUUUCAGUAUAG